AUGACUAAACAUUCCUGGCAAGUGUGGGCCCUCUACAUGGUGUUAGCUGUAAACCUCUCUGAAGAACAAGUGCUGAAGCAAAGUUGUCCAUCAUGUGAUGCCUCUGAGCUUUGCAACUGCUCUUUCAUGGGCUUGGAUUUCAUUCCCCAAGAACUCACAGACAAAAUCGUAACAUUAAACCUGUCCCACAACAGGAUCAAGCACAUCCGAUCCCAGGAUCUGCAGCAGGCUGUGAACCUGAGAGCCCUGCUGCUGCAGUCCAACACAAUCAGCUCAAUAGAUGAGGACUCGUUUCGCUUCCUUGGGAAACUGGAGCUCUUGGACUUGUCAAAUAACAGCCUGGCUCACUUGUCCCCUGCAUGGUUUGGUCACCUCCUUUCCCUCCAGCAGCUCCACCUUCAAGGGAACUCCUACAGAGACCUGGGGGAAAGCUCCCUGUUUUCUGGCCUGAGGAACCUGAGCUCUCUCCACCUGGGCAACCCACAGUUUUCCACAAUAAGGCAGGGAAACUUUGAGGGCAUUUCAGUUCUCCAGUAUUUAUGGAUUGAGGGUGGCAAUCUCAGUCAGUAUGAGCCAGGAAGUUUGAAACCGAUUCAGAAGAUAAAUCACAUGAUCAUAAACCUGAGGAACGCUAAAGUAUUCUCAGCAAUUGUCAGGGACCUUCUGCACUCUGUCACUUGGUUAGAAGUGAGAAAUAUGGCAUUCAAUGUACCUGCUGAAAUGCCACUAUUGAGUGUCAUGACAACCUUUUCUGCAAAGAAAAUUUCUUUGAAACAGACCUUAUUAACAGAUGAUACUGUGCCUGAGAUUGUCAGCAUUUUAGAAGACAUGCCAAAUUUAGUGGAGCUGGAGAUGAAAGACUGUAUAUUGUUGGGAACUGGACGAUGGAAAAUGCAAAUUCAAGCAAAACAAUCACAGACUCUUAGAGCUCUAACGAUAGAUAAGUUAUCUAUAGAAGAAUUUUAUCUGUUUACAGAUCUUCGUUCUGUAGAAGGUCUACUAUCUCUUCUUACCAAAGUGACAGUUAUAAACACCAAGGUCUUUUUGGUACCAUGCAGCCUUUCAAAACAUCUUCUGUCAUUAAAGUAUCUUGACCUUAGUGCAAAUUUGCUUGGAGACCAGAGUUUGGAGCAUUCAGCAUGUCAGGGUGGUUGGCCUUUGCUACAGACUCUAAAUUUAAGUCAGAAUUCACUGAGCGACUUAGAAAUGACAAGUAAAAGUUUGUCUCAUCUAAGAAAUCUAAGUGUCUUAGAUGUUAGCCUCAAUAAUUUUGGUGAUAUUCCAGAUGUGUGUGAAUGGCCCCAAACCCUGAAAUAUUUAAACCUCUCCAGCACUCAAAUUCCUAAACUCACGACUUGCAUUCCCACAACACUGGAAGUUUUGGAUGUCAGCUCAAACAACCUGAGGGAGUUUGCACUGCCCCUGCCAUUUCUCAAAGAGCUGUACCUAGCCAAAAACCAGCUGAUGACCUUGCCUGGUGCUGCACCUGUUCCUAACUUAGUGGUCUUGUCAAUCAGAAGGAACAAGCUCAGCAGUUUCUCCAGGGAAGAGUUUGAGUCCUUCAAGCAAGUGGAGCUGCUGGAUGCCAGUGACAACAACUUCAUCUGCUCCUGCGAAUUUCUCUCCUUCAUCCAGCACCAGGCCAGGAUAGCCCAGGUGCUGGUGGGGUGGCCAGAGAAGUACGUCUGUGACUCUCCGCUGGCGGUGAGAGGGGCGCAGGUUGGGGCCGUGCACCUCUCCCUGAUGGAGUGCCACAGGUCCCUCGUGGUGUCCCUGAUCUGCGCCCUGGUGUUUGUGGUCAUCCUGGUGCUCGUGGCCCUUGGCUACAAGUACCACGUGGUCUGGUACCUGAGGAUGACCUGGGCGUGGCUCCAAGCCAAGCGGAAGCCCAAGCGAGCCCCUGCCAAGGACGUCUGCUACGACGCUUUUGUCUCCUACAGCGAGAACGACUCUGACUGGGUGGAGAACAUCAUGGUGCGGGAGCUGGAGCAGGCCUGCCCGCCCUUCCGGCUCUGCCUCCACAAGCGGGACUUUGUGCCCGGGAAGUGGAUCGUGGACAACAUCAUCGACUCCAUAGAGAAGAGCCACAAAACCCUCUUUGUGCUGUCCGAGCACUUUGUGCAGAGCGAGUGGUGCAAAUACGAGCUGGACUUCUCGCACUUCCGCCUCUUUGACGAGAACAACGACGCCGCGAUUCUCGUCCUGCUGGAGCCCAUCCAGAGCAAGGCCAUUCCCAAGCGGUUCUGCAAGCUGCGCAAGAUCAUGAACACCAAGACCUACCUGGAGUGGCCUCUUGAAGAAGAGCAGCAGGACCUGUUUUGGUUUAAUUUGAAAGUAGCACUAAAAUCAUAG